AUGGGCGAGUUCUCUCACCAGCAGCUUACAACCGAGAAAGAGGACAAGAAGGAUGACGACGAUGACGGCUGGCAGACCAUGCCAGCAUACGCACCUUAUGAUAUCUACGAUGAUGACAACAGGUUAAUUGCGAAGGAACAUAAUGAAGAAGAAGACGAGAAAUACGGAUAUGCUGGGCUUGGUGGUGCAGGCAAGGGAUACACUCGGGUUCUCGACGACGAGGACGCAGAGUCGGAAACCAGCAUGGACGACAACACCAGAUAUCUGUUCAACAAGACAGGUCCCACUACGAGCAUGGCAGAAGAUGACGCAGAUGAGCAAAGGGAUGCGGUAUCGCAACUGCAAGCGACAAAAGACCUUCUAACCGAAGGUCAAAGGAUAGCCUACGUCGGAGCUGUUCGGGUCGAGUUGUCGGACAUGCAAAAAGAGGCCGAAUUCGACUUCACCAAGAGGACGAAGAAGGAUGUCCAAACAGCCGCCGAGGCCAUGAUGAUGUGGGGGCAGAAGGUUAUGAUUCGAUUGUAUACGCACAUGGAAAUCAGUGCAGAUGAGCAGGUCAUGAUUGAACAGUUGGCCGCUCAUGGUGUUCGACCUGGUGAUCUCACGCCGGUGUUGAUGCAAAACGCAAGAGUCAAGAAUCCUGUGGCCGAAGAACAAUCAUCAGCACCCGCAACACCAAGAGUCGGUGCCAUGAGCCCACGCGCUUCCGUCUCUGUCUCUGGGACUCCACGAAGCGAGCAGAAUGCAGUGGCUCCCCCACCGUAUGACGCCCAUGCACAUGACGGCGAGGAGAUGCCCGAGGUCAAGACGCCAUCUCAGUUGCCCAGCACGCAGAAAAUUGAUAUCGACCUUCGCUGGACAGUGCUCUGCGAUCUCUUUCUGGUGCUCAUCGCAGACUCCAUAUACGAUGCUCGAUCAAGAGUACUACUAGAAAGAGUAGCUAAAGCUCUUGAAGUACCCUGGAUAGAUGUUUCGAGAUUCGAGAAGCGCGUCACCGAUGCACUGGAGAUGCAACAGGAGGCCGAGAAGGAGAACUGGAACGAAGAGCAACACUUGGAGAAUAGAAGAAAACUGGCGUUGAAAAAGCGAUACAUGAUGAUGGGCCUGGCUACUGUUGGUGGUGGUUUGGUCAUCGGUCUUUCAGCCGGUCUCCUUGCGCCUGUCAUCGGAGCUGGUCUGGCGGCGGGCUUCACUACAAUCGGUGUGGGAGGCACGAGCUCUUUCCUAGCUGGCGGUGCAGGCGCUGCCAUCAUAACAGCUGGAUCGACUGUUUCGGGAAGUUUCAUGGGCGGCAAAGCUGCUAAUCGCAGGACGGGCGCUGUCAAGACUUUUGAGUAUCGGCCUCUACACAACAACAAGCGAGUCAACCUGAUUGUCACCAUAUCCGGUUGGAUGACGAGCAAAGUCGAUGACGUACGUUUGCCGUUUAGCACGAUAGACUCUGUUAUGGGAGAUAUCUACUCUAUAUUGUGGGAGCCGGAAAUGUUGACAAGCAUGGGUGACACCAUCAACAUCUUGGCAACAGAGGCUCUGACACAAGGACUGCAGCAAGUCCUAGCCAGCACCAUCUUGAUGAGUCUCAUGGCCGCCCUACAGCUUCCUGUGGUACUAUCAAAGCUCGCAUAUCUCAUUGACAACCCGUGGUCAGUCUCUAUGGACCGUGCAUGGGCCGCUGGCCUUGUUCUGGCGGAUUCAUUGAUUGAUCGCAACCUCGGAACUAGACCCAUCACUCUGGUGGGCUACUCUCUCGGCUCACGAGUCAUCUUCUCUUGCUUGCUCGAGCUGGCGCGGAAGGGCGCUUAUGGCUUGGUCCAGAACGUUUACAUGUUUGGCUCUCCCAUGGUGGUGAAGACAGAUGAGUACCUCAAGGUUCGUACAGUCGUGGCUGGCAGAAUGGUCAACGGCUACCAUAAAAAUGACUGGAUUCUGGGUUACCUAUUCCGUUUGACGAACGGUGGAAUCCGUCGCGUAGCUGGUUUAACAAAGAUCGAAGGUAUACCGGGCCUCGAAAAUUUGGACUGCACAGAACUCGUCAAAGGACACAUGGACUAUCGACAAGCCAUGCCGAAACUGUUAAGAGAAUGCGGCUGGCUUGUCGAAAGCGACGAGUUUGGAGAAAUAGAAGAUCCCGACCCAGAUAACCACCAGGAAAGGCAGAGAGAACUCAUCAACGAAAUCGAAGAAGCCCGGAAAGAAUUAGAACAAGGGGGAGAGGCCAAGAAAAAGGGCGGCGCCUUCAGCUUCUUUUCACGCAAGAAGGCGAAACGCGCCGACUGGGAGGUCUACGAAGAAUCGAAGGGGCAGCCCGACGCCGAUGGGUCAACAUCCGAGGAGAACACAAACAGGAACAAAGGCGUGCUGUUCGAUGUUGAUGCCAUGAGAGCAGAGCUUGCCAGAGAGCAAACCAAAGAAGCUGACGAGGGGGAGGAACUAGAAAUCAAGGAGCUUAAGUCGACGCUUCCGCCAAUGAAGAUUGACGUGCCUCCACCGUAUGAUAACCCGCGCAACACGCUCCGCGAGACUAGAAGCGAAGACAUGAUGGCAACUCUCAGAACUGCAGCAUCUCCCAAUCUAAGCGUCUCUCAGGAUCGAACACCUAGACUGUCGAGCAGUGGCUUUGGAUAUCAUAGCCCGAAUCCUUCACAAGCAUAUGGAUUGGACCACGGAGACGACGGAGUUGAGAUGUCGUUCGACGAUGGGUACCGAGAACCGCCAUCGGCAACUCCGGGAAGGCCAGAUCUCAAAUCGAGCCAAACGACGCCGAAUUUAGCGCUACAUGACCCUUGGGCGGAUGAUGACGAUGAUUUUGGAAAGGAGAAGGAAAUCUCAAUGACCUUUGCCUAG